AGUAUAUUAUUCGCAAAAUUACCGUUAGAUGGUGCUUCAAACGCUUCCGAACUAUCGAUAAUGCAGUUUUUCAACGAAACGCGUCCAUGUUUAUAUAUAUGUUGUUUAUAAAUGUCGUGCAUGUGAUUCUAAGUACAUUGACGUUUUAUGUAAAUAAUUUAAUUGCCUUAGUAUAUAUAUAUACACACAAACACACAUUUAUAUUUACUACUUUUGCUAUUAUAAAAAAUACGAUAAAAUGGGUAAAAGAUAUUACUGCGAUUAUUGCGAUAGAUCGUUUAAGGACGAUCCAGAAGCCAGAAGAAAACAUCUAUCUAGUUUACAGCAUGCCAAAAAUCGAGCGGAUCAUUAUAGUUUUUACAAAGAUCCUGAAACAAUAUUGCAAGAAGAACAAGGAAAAAUACCUUGCAAAAGGUAUAUGAGCAGUGGUGAUUGUGCUUUUGGAAGUAGUUGCAAGUUUUCUCAUUAUGCACCAUCCUUGAUAUGGGAACUUCAGCAUAUCGUUGCAGCUAAACAAAUGGCAGCGUCUCACUUUAGACCACAAGGUGGAUGGCCCAAUCCAGAUGAUAUAGUUAAAGAAUUUUUUGUAGAUAUUACCAAUCCAGAUACAACAGAAGAAUUUACUUAUCCCAUAUGGGAUGUACCACCGGAAUUUCAUAAUUAUCCAAAUUUACCACCAUCGUUAUGGCCUGUCACACCAGAAAGCCUUACCGAUUCCAAUUUUGCACAGUGGAGUUGAUGUAAAUAGCUUUCGCACUCUGCUUUGAACACAUUGUACAUAUACGAUAACAUAUUAAUUUAAAUGAAAUAAGUUUACGUAAACAAGAUAAAAUAAAAAUUAAUUUCAUGUCAAUAAAAAUCAUCACCAUCAUAAAUCUCAUAUUAAAGGAUUGUUAUAAAACGAAA